CUAGUUUUAAAGCUGACGCUACAGCUGUUAUUUGUUCACUGAUGUGAUUUUAAAGCACUGCGGAUAUACCUAGUUCAUUUUGCUGGUGGUUGGUGUCAUCAAUAUGUCUGGGAGUCAUUCAAGCUCUGACGAUAGCAGUGAUUCAAGAAAAAGACCCCCGGAGAAGGAUUUAGACCCAGACACAAGUCCUAAACGUCCGAAUUGUGAGGAUAAUGUUCAGCUCAAAAUUCUGGUACCGUCUAUUGCUGCUGGAGCUGUUAUUGGAAAGUCUGGAGAAGCCAUAGGUAGAAUUCAAAAAGAAACUAACACAAAAGUCAAGAUAUCAAAACAAGAUGAAUUUUAUCCCGGUGAAAAUUUUAGUACCAAACAGUACGGCUGGUAUGGUUAUUGGCAAAGGUGGAUCUUACAUUCAAGAGAUAAAAGAAAAAACUGGAGCUUAUGUACAAAUUUCUCAAAAAUCACGUGAAUUCAAUCUAUUAGAACGUUGUAUCGUUGUUGCUGGUGAAUUAGAUCAAACAAGAGCAGCUGUCCAUCUUAUACUUGGUGUUAUCGCUGCAGACCCACAAUCAGCAAGUUGCCCAAAUCUCUCUUAUCAUGACAUUCAAGGACCCGUAGCCAGUGUUUAUCCAACCGGUUCACCCUAUGCCAUUCCAAUUAUUCCUUAUUUAUCCAAUCCUACUGCAUUGCCAAAUCCUCCAGUUGAUGUUAAUUCACCUGCUGGCGCUGCAGCGGCAGCUGUCGCAUCUAUGAUGGCCGCUGCUUCUGCUUCAGCAGCAUUUACACAUGGUCAGCCUUCAUCACAAGGUCCUGGAUUCGGUUUUUUUCCCGGCAAUCUUUCAUCAACAUCGGAUGUUGCAACACUGGCAGCUCUAGUGUCGAAUCCAGCCGCCGGAUCGAUUAUUUUGCCGUCUAUGCUUGCAAACGCUGUAAAUGGUAGAACCUCAAGUAAUAGUAUGUCGUCUGGAGAUAUAUUUUCACCGACUGGUGCCAGUAGUUCUACUCCAUGGUCAAAUAUUUCUGGUCAAACUGGGUUCGACACUGGCCUACCCGAUCCAAAUGCUGCUACACCGGUAAAUGUAUCAAUUGCUUUGGCGGCUUCAUCAUUUACCGCCAAUAAACCACAAGAUUCUCAGUCGACGCGGACAGCAGUAUCACCUCCGGUCUUUUUCCCACCAUCAUCAUUCAUCCCAGGACCACUUCAUAUGUCGCCUACCGGUUUGUUCGGUUAUCCAGCACUUGGAUAUGGGAGUUUACCUACUCAGCAGAGUCAUCCUCAUCAUUUAGCUACAAGAGGUAUACCACUGUUGUCUGAAACGUGUUCUUCACCAGCAUGCAGUACUCCGUCUACUUUGCCGUCGCUACUGACUUCACCAUCAGUUGCUGCAUUGGCUGCGCUUUCAGCUGCCGCCACGAUAACAACAGCAACAACUGUACUAUCAUCCUCAUCGUCACCAUCGUCACCGUUAACCUCGUGUUGUACUGCAAAGUCUUUACCGGUCUUACCUAAUCCUGGUACUGCUGCGGCUGCUGCUGUACUCGGUCUAUUGCCUUAUUCACCACCGUCGUUGUCAUCGCUUACAGUUGGACCUAUCUUACCCGCCCCGCCACAACCACCUUCAGCACCAACGCCAGCAACACCAUCACAGAUACUGCCUAAUGAUCCUAUGUCUAUGUCAUUUUCCAAUAUCCCAUCAGCUUCAUCAUUAUUGUUAUCACUUACCACAGAGAGUGGUGGUGGUGGUGGCGGUAAGAAUCUACAAGGGCUACAGCAACAGCAAUCACCUCUUGUUCUGGGCGGCAGUGGAACUGUAAGUUCACCACAAGCUACUGGUGGUGGUUUACCCUCUCCAUCCAAUCUCCUUGGACUCCAUGGAAUACAGUACGCGGGAGCAUCGGGAUCAUCUUCAGCAACAGCAGCGUUACCAUCGAAUAUGGUUAAUCCAGUUGGAAAUUAUGUUGCUUACAGGCGUGUUUUAUCCGUACCAGAAAAUGUGGUCAAUAUUAUCUUAGGUCAUCAAGGUCGAUCAAUUAUGGACUUACAACUUGUCACAGGUACAGUGAUACAAAUUUCACAGAAGAAUGUAUAUGUGUCCGGUGGCCAGUUGCGUAAUAUCACUAUAACUGGCCCGCAAGGCAAUGUUCAAUGGGCAGCCAAUGUAAUCGAGCAUAUAAUAGCCAUUGAGCACAUUAAACGUGAAUCAUCAAUGACUUCAAGCCAACAGUCACUGCCGGCAAUAGAAUCUGAACACUUUCUACCGACUAUUGGUGGUGGUUUACAUUAUCCAGACUGUCAACCCCGCCAUUGUCAUCGGUGUCGACAGCCGCCGCUGCUUGUGUUAUGA